ACAAACAUCAGGCCUCCGGCUUAACUCGAAGUUGUCUUUUUUUAAAGGAAACACUUAGAAGACACACGUCUUUAUCGCGCUGCUUUUUCCAGGUUUGGCAUUUUCAAAACGCCCGAUCAGCUGUUUGUGCAGCGUGUCUUUAAACCAAAGCGCAGUUUGGAUCCGGAUUAGAGACCAUACCGACAUUUUUCUGGCGUUUUUUUAAAACGAAGCCUUGCGUUCAUCCUCUGAAAUCAGCGAUAUGAACACAGCGACGGGGAGUUAUCCGAUGGCUUCUCUCUAUGUUGGCGACCUGCACCCCGACAUCACGGAGGCUAUGCUGUACGAGAAAUUCAGCCCAGCCGGACCGGUGCUCUCCAUUCGGGUCUGCCGAGACAUGAUCACCCGGCGGUCCCUGGGAUACGCUUAUGUGAACUUCUCACAGCCGGCUGACGCUGAAAGAGCCCUGGACACCAUGAAUUUUGACGUGGUGAAAGGGAAGCCAAUCAGAAUCAUGUGGUCCCAAAGAGAUCCCUCCCUCAGGAAGUCGGGUGUGGGCAAUGUUUUUAUCAAGAACCUCGACAAGUCCAUUGACAACAAAGCCCUGUACGACACCUUCUCUGCCUUUGGCAACAUCCUCUCCUGCAAGGUGGUGUGUGAUGAAAACGGCUCCAAGGGGUACGCCUUUGUCCAUUUUGAGACCCAGGACGCGGCUGAUCGCGCCAUCGAGAAGAUGAACGGCAUGCUUCUGAAUGACCGCAAGGUGUUUGUGGGUCGUUUCAAAUCUCGCAAAGAACGGGAGGCUGAACUCGGUGCCAAAGCUAAGGAGUUUACCAACGUUUACAUCAAGAACUUUGGGGACGACAUGGAUGAUGAACGCCUGAAGGAGAUUUUUGACAAAUACGGUAAAACACUCAGUGUGAAGGUGAUGACAGACCCCAGCGGCAAAUCCAGAGGGUUUGGAUUUGUUAGUUACGAAAAACACGAGGAUGCCAACAAGGCUGUAGAGGAGAUGAAUGGCACUGAACUCAACGGCAAGACUGUGUUCGUGGGCCGAGCUCAGAAGAAAAUGGAGAGGCAGGCGGAGCUGAAGAGGAAGUUUGAGCAGCUGAAACAAGAGAGGAUCAGUCGUUAUCAGGGAGUUAAUCUUUAUAUUAAAAACUUGGAUGACACAAUAGAUGAUGAGAAACUGCGCAAGGAGUUCUCUCCAUUUGGCUCAAUUACAAGUGCUAAGGUGAUGCUAGAGGAGGGGCGCUCCAAGGGCUUUGGCUUUGUCUGCUUUUCCUCCCCUGAAGAGGCUACCAAGGCUGUGACUGAAAUGAACGGGCGUAUUGUUGGCUCUAAACCUCUCUACGUGGCUCUUGCUCAGCGCAAAGAGGAGCGCAAAGCCCAUCUCACCAACCAGUACAUGCAGCGAAUAGCUGGCAUGAGAGCCAUGCCAGCUAAUGCCAUCAUUAAUCAGUUCCAGCCCACUAGUGGAUACUUCAUGCCAGCUGUGCCGCAGGCUCAGAAUAGGACUACAUACUAUGCACCCAAUCAGAUCGCUCAAAUGCGACCAAAUCCCCGAUGGCAGCAACAAGGUGGACGAGGUCAAGGGGGUUUCCAAGCAAUGCCCAGCUCGCUGCGUCAGCCAGGGCCCCGUGCCAACCUCAGACACAUGAGUCCUAGCAGCAGCACACAAGGCCCACGAGCUGGUGGUCAGAGCAUGGGUCCUCGUCCUUCAGUUGGAGUCCCCGGUCCUCGGGCCAUGCCUCCUUACAAAUACGCCACUGGUGUCCGUAACCCCAACCCCCAGGUGGUGCAACCUAUUGCCUUACAGCAGACUCAGCCAGCUGUGCACGUUCAGGGCCAAGAGCCCCUCACGGCCUCCAUGCUGGCUGCUGCACCUCCUCAGGAGCAGAAACAGAUGCUGGGGGAGCGUCUGUUCCCACUGAUUCAGGCCAUGCAUGCCAACCUAGCAGGAAAGAUCACUGGCAUGUUGCUGGAGAUCGACAACUCUGAAUUACUACACAUGCUUGAGUCCCAUGAGUCUCUACGUUCAAAGGUAGAAGAAGCUGUUGCAGUUCUACAGGCUCACCAGGCGAAGAAAGACGCCACCCAGAAAGUAGGUGGCAUGGCUCCUACUGCUGCUGCUGCCACAUCCUGAAGACUCUGAGCUAUUCUAACUUGAGCAUAGAAAACUGAGAGGAGAUGGGAAGAGACGCACUACACUGGAAAGCCCAGAGUCUUCUGAACAAUCGCACGAAAACAAAAAUCAAGAAAAAAAAGGAAAACAUUAUUUUAAAUGUACACUUUGAAAAAAUAUUACAUAAUGCAUAAUUUUGUAGUUCUGUAAUACUUUUAACGCUGCACACCAGAUGCAGUGAUGCAAAUGAAUCUUGAACAAAGGCCCUUUAUUUUGUGGCAAAGGAGAGGAAGUAAAAAGAGCCUUGUUCUCUGUCUUUGCUUGAAAGCUUCAUGUUGGUGUGAGAUGACUCCUCCAUCCUAACACGUUAUCAAUGGGUGUGUGGUAAUUUCAAUAAAGGGAUGAUAUGUC